CGCUUAGGAGACUCGCCCACACGAGCAGGAUGCAUAAGCAUUGACGGUGAAGUGACAUGGCAUCAGGCGCCAUCCAUCCACUCUGCUGGCCCACUCGGUCGAUAAUAGUGAUCUUUUUUUAACCCCCCCCCACCUCAAUGUGUCAGCUGACAACUGACUAUUUCUACGCCUCGCCUUCACUGUUAUCAACCAGGUCCUCUCGCGGAUCGCUUCGCCCGCGGCCCUGAGGAUCCCAUUCACCCUUCACGUGAUAACUUCUGACGUCCAGGAAAAGUGGCAUACUUCAUCGAGAUCUUCUCUGCUUGUCGUCUUUCUCUUUCUUACUUCUUACUUCAUCCAUCGCAGUGCCUAUAGACAUCGACUCGGUCACUUAUCGAUUCUUCAAAGCUACCGUCUUCAUCUUCAACACGUCGAUUUAUUUCCUCAUGGACACUCCUCGAAGACCUCACUUGCCCCGCCAAUCUUCCUUCAUGAGCCUGUUCAAGACGUCUCUCACCCCGGCUCAGCCAGGCGUGAAGAGCGAUGAUCCGCACCCGUCGUCCUCUCUCACGCCUGAGGAUAUUUCGUCGCCCCAAGGCCCUGUGACAGUCCUCGGACGAAGUGAGGAAGCUAGCGGAUGUCCUUUGUGCGGCGUGCAUGGUGAUACGUCAAAGGGUUCAAAGAGCGUCGCCACACAAACGUGGGAUGAGGAUGAACACGCCUAUCGACGUCGGUCCAAGCCUGCUAUGAGCCGUCAAAAGGUCAACGAAUUGAACCACUUGGCGAUGACUAUGACUCCUUUGACUAGUUUGGAGAAUCAGGAAGGCACACCCACACCCACGCUCACGCCCCGACCUCCUACCCCUACUACUGAACCAGACGAUCGAUCCAGUAGCACGACCUCGACGUCCGAAGUUCAACUUUCACCCGCCAUGGAGCUUCCUCGAGUGCCUUCGCUCACACUCACCGACAUGUCCGCCUCGUCGAUCAGUAUCGCCUCGCUGGCAUCUCAGCUCUCUCGAUCGCUAUCUGUGGCUUCCAUGAGCUCCAAGUCGAUCAGUGGCAAUGGCGAGGGUCUUGAAGGCGCGAUCGAGGAGCCACCUUGUCUCGUGCAUUAUGAUUCGAAGGGCAAUGUACAAGGCGUCUGGCAGUUGGCUUAUGGACAGGAGGGCAGAGUGGCAUCGGCCCAAAACGGGACGAACCCUGUGUCGGCCCACCAGAUCAUGAGAUCCAACGAGUCAAACGGUGGCGGAGUCAAAAAAGGAAAGAGCUCUGAUACUCAGACGAUGACAAACGAGAGACACAAGAAUCCCGUCUCAUCACAGAUACAGCGUAAGACGUGUAAAUCGAGCAGCUCUGUCUCCUCGAGCACUUCCACAUCUGCUCUUCGAGAGAUCACUCAGAUCGUCAAUCGGAUCGAGACCUUGAACGAGCAUGCCAAAGCUCUGAAAGUGCAUCUGGAAGAACGCCGAAUGGAAGAUACGACGCUAUGGACUCGAUCCCUCCGAAUAGAAUGGGAGAACGAGAAUCGGCGUAUCAGGUUGGAGAGGAAGGAGUGCUUGGAUGAAGUCGACAACUGGAUGGCAGUGGCCAAGUUGCUACAAGAAGAUGACGAGGCGGUCUAAGCCUCUGGUCGCGAGCCGAUUUUUGGAGUUCUCAAUGACUUAUGUGCUGUACAAGGCCGUAGAAAAGCCCUAUUUCCUGGUCCGUGGAUCAUACCAUCAUGCAUUUUGUGUCGAC